CAACGAUCUAGCUUGCCUAUCAAGGAUGAACGUUGUGCUGCGAAACAUGCGAAUCGAUGUGCUGACUCUGAGAGCGGACGGCAUCCGUGUUCCGAGGCUCGAAGCGAAGCAUGAUGCUGAGCGGGAGGGCAUCUGCCAAGCAUGAGCUUUGCCAGAGUCAGCUACAGAGCUAUAAGGCUGAUGUAUCCCGCUCAUCCUUGAUGCUGCAUUCAAGUCAAGAAGAGCAACAGAGUGUUAGGUACCAUGUUGCUUAGAGCUGUGUUGCUAGCAGGCGUGGUCGCUUCGGCCGCUGUGCCCACUGCUGCGACGAUCACUGCAGCACCAGUUCCCUUGGGUGAUCUAGCCAAGCGUCAAACUGCGACCUAUGCAGGUACUUGCACAUACUAUACUGGUGCGCUUCUCGGCGGCUACAUCACUUCGUCGUGUAACGAUGCGGCCGUUCCUGGGCCUUUCGCUUCUCAGACAUGCGCGGUGCUCGACAUCCUCGUUUUGGGCAAUGUCAAUUGUGGAGGUAUUCAGACUGCGACGACCUGCACCACAACAUCUGGUCUCUACAACUCAGUCUAUCUGUCGUACGGUGGAUUCUUAGGGCUUGUGGGAUACUGGAAGACCACAGUCAUCACGACGACGACAUCAGCAUGUACAACAGCAACCUUUAUGACGCGGCCUGCCAGUGCGGUAGUGACAACAACGUCGAAGACAUCUACGACAUCGUCAACUACUACAGCAACGACUUCAUCUGCGACGCCCUCACCAAUCAAGACUUCAGUGCCAGUAACGACGUCGUCGAGCGCUACAAGUACUUUGACCGCUUCCUCGGCUGGUUCUUUGAGUACGAGCUCAGCUACCCCCACGAGCUUUUCAAUAUCAGCGAGCUCAGUGAGACUGACGACAAGUUCUCUGAGCUCGUCUGCUUUGGUCAGUACGAGCAGCAGCACAGGCACAACGUCUUCUACACGGCUGCCAACGUCCAGUAGCGCCUCAAGCUCGUUGUUUGGUAGCAGCGGCAGCGGUAGCAGCAGCAUCAGCAUCAGCAGCAUCAGCAGCAGCAGCAGCAGCAGCAGCAGCAGCAGCAGCACAAUGAGCUCUAGUGCAUCAAGUAGCUCAAAGACUACAGGCAGCUCAAGUAUCGUGGUCCCCUCGAUGGCAAGCUCUCAACUGUCCAUCUCUCCCUCGUCCAUCUCUUCAACCCAGACCACUUCGAGUGCAAGGACCCUGUCUACGACGGGGUUGUCUUCAAGAAUGAGUGCCUCAGCCACCGCCAAACCCACAGCCGGACUGCCUCGCCUGACACAGAAUGGGGCAAAGUACCUGGGUUGCUUUCUGGAUAACGCGAAUCAACGCACAUUGCCUGUUCGCGUGGCUGAUGUUGGCACAGUCGAAGCCUGUAUCACUCAUUGUCAGUCUUCUGGGUACACGCUUGCAGGUCUCGAGUAUUACUACCAGUGCUUCUGUGGGUACACUGGUACGAAUGGUCAGCCACAAAUCGACGAUGGCUCAUGCAAUAUGGCUUGCAAUGACGAUAGCACAGAGACAUGUGGAGGAGGUAAUGCCCUUCAGAUGUACAGCCUGCCAGCGCCUACCACGACUUCCCUUCCAGCAGCCACCGCGACAGCUGGUCUGCCCCGCUCGACGAAAAAUGGAGGUCAGUACAUGGGAUGCUUCAAGGAUAGCGUCGAUCAAAGAGCUUUGCCUGUCCGUCUACCGGAUGUCGGCACAGUCGAGGCUUGUCUGGAACAAUGCCAAUCUACAGGGUACGCUAUGGCUGGUCUCGAAUACUACUACCAAUGCUUCUGUGGCAAUGCAGGAACGAACGGGCAGCCCCAAAUUGAUGAUUCGCUGUGCAACACGCCUUGCAAUGAUGACAAGUCAGAGACGUGUGGUGGAGGUGAUGCUGUACAAAUUUACAGUAUCCGUCCAAGCGGUGCGUCAAGUGCUACAGCAUCACCUGUCCCAACUGCAGGUCUACCGCGGCUUUCAAGAAAUGGUGGGAACUAUCUUGGGUGCUUCAGGGAUGAUAUCAACCAGCGCGCACUACCUGUACGUCUCCAGGAUGUUGGGACGAUCGAAGCAUGCAUUACCUUGUGCCAGGCAUCAGGAUAUGCCCUUGCCGGGGUGGAGUAUCAAUACCAGUGCUUCUGCGGCACGUCUGGCACCAAUGGACAGCCCAAGAUUGAUGAUGGCACAUGCGACAUGCCUUGCAACGAUGAUAGCACAGAAACAUGCGGCGGUGGCAAUGCUGUUCAGCUUUAUUCUGUCCCUCCAGGCGGCGGUACUCCUACGAUUCCUACGUCUGUGUCAACGAAUGCUGGGUCUGGUACUCUGCAAGGCUGUUAUUCAGAUAAUGUGAAUUAUCGCACUCUUCCGAAUCAAGUCGCUGAUGUUGGUUCCGUGGAACAGUGUGUCAGUAACUGCAUCAAAGCUGGCUAUUCCCUCGCUGGCGUCGAGUACACUCGUGAGUGUUUUUGCGGCAACAUAGCAAGAGCUUCGCUGAUUGACAAUACACAAUGCCAGAAGUACACUUGCUCAGAGAAUGGAUCCCAGAAGUGUGGCGGUGAUUCGGCCAUCCAGGUCUACUCAUUGCAAAACUCCAAUCCUCCUGCUGCCGCUUCCGGUACAUGGACAAGUGUUGGCUGCUUGCAGGACUUUUACCCAAGUACAAGGACACUGCAAGGUUACUCAGUCACAUCCAACAGCAUGACGCCUCAGGUUUGCAUGUCCACUUGUCAGGCGAAAGGCUUCACAUACGCUGGAGUCGAAUACUCUGGUGAGUGCUAUUGCGAUAGCCAGAUUCGCAAUAACCCUCAGACAGUUUCUUCCUGUUCCAUGGCUUGCUCUGGUGACUCGAGUCAGACGUGCGGUGGCUCCAAUGCUAUUCAAGUGUACACACUAGGCAGACAGUGACCUUAGAGAACGCGUGUAGUCAAAGUUACUACGGCAAUAGCAAGCAGUACUGUGGCCAGGGCAACAUUGUGCAGAUAUACAGCUUGUAGAGUUAUUUAGACACUGCUGGCACUGUACCUAGUUCUAGUAUGUAGCUGGUCAGGUCCAGGGUUAGGACGGAUCUCGG